UAUUUAUCAUCACCACGUACAACAAUAUAUAGAGAAACAAAUUACCAGCCGUUUUCCUAUUUACAGUUAAUCAGCACAGGAUGGCGAUUAAGAGCAAAGUGCUUGUCGUCGGCGGGACGGGCUACAUCGGGCGGCGGAUCGUGGCGGCGAGCCUGGCUCAGGGCCACACCACUUACGUGCUGAAGCGGCCGGAGAGCGGUUUGGACAUCGAGAAGCUCCAGAUCCUGCUGUCCUUCAAGAAGCAAGGCGCUCACCUCGUGGAGGCCUCUUUUUCCGACCAGGACAGCCUCGUCCGCGCCGUCAAGCUCGCCGACGUCGUCAUAUGCACCAUGUCUGGCGUUCACUUCCGGUCCCACAACAUCCUGCUCCAGCUCAAGCUCGUCGAAGCCAUCAAGCGAGCUGGAAACGUCAAGCGGUUCGUGCCGUCGGAGUUCGGGAUGGAUCCGGCGAGGAUGGGAGGCGCGUUGGAGCCAGGCAACGAGACUUUCGAGCAGAAGAUGGUGGUGAGGAAGGCCAUCGAAGACGCCAACAUCCCGCACACUUACGUCUCCGCCAACUGCUUCGCCGGUUACUUCGUCGGCAAUCUCUCCCAGCUCGGAACCCUCACCCCUCCCUCUCGCGACCAACAGGUCGUUAUCUAUGGCGGUGGGAACGUCAAGGUGGUGUACGUGGACGAGGACGACGUUGGCACGUAUACGAUCAAAGCAGUAGACGACGAGCGAACGUUGAACAAGACGGUGUACAUAAGGCCGCCUGAGAAUGUGAUGACUCAGGGAGAGUUGGUUGCCAUGUGGGAGAAGCUGAGCGGUCAACAAGUUCAAAAAGUUGACCUUUCCGCCCAAGACUUCCUUGCUUCCAUGGAAGGGAAGGAUGUAGCUACACGCGCAGGGAUAGGGCAUUUCUACCACAUAUUCUACGAGGGGUGCCUAGCCAAUUUCGAGAUCGGUGAAGAUGCAGCAGAAGCUUCGAGUUUGUAUCCAGAAGUGAAGUACACUCGCGUCCAUGAGUAUUUGCAGAUAUUCCUUUGAGAGAUUAUCAUAUAUGUGUACGAGUUAAUUUGAAUAUUUUUGCUGAAGAAGAUGUCAACAAUGCGGUUCAAUAAUUUGAGCUAUACGUACUAUAUACGUAGCUCUAGAAUAAGCAAGGUUGUGUAUGUUCUAAUUUGUUUUGUGAUCGUUACCUAGUGGGUUGCUGGAUGAAUGUUAAUUCAUGAUUAUGGCGCCUGAUUUCAAAGCAAAUGAUGUUUAAAUAAUGAAC